AUGCUGUCAGUUCAUAGUUACCCCCAGGCCACCAAUCUCACCGAGAUGGACUCAGAUUCGCAGCGCCUUUACAGCAGACAGGAAACCCAAUCCAUGGAACCGGACAACUUCCGUUUAGGGAGGUACCCGCAGGCAUGGCCGGGGAUUUCUGGACAUGCCGGCGGGGCAUGGGCCGGAUCGGCGCCUGCGCCCCCGCUUGCCCAGGCGCAACAGCAGCAGCAGCCCCAGCAGCAGCAACAACAGCCACAACCACAGCAGCAACCACAGCAGCAACAGACACAGCAGCAGUCCCAACAGCAGUCCCAGCAGUUGCCCCAGACACAAUCCGCGCUGCAAGCCCAGAAACAGCAGCAGCAGCAGCAGCAGCACCCGCAACACCAAGCCCAACAGGGCGCGCACGUGAUGUCCCCGCACUACUCCGUGGCCCAGAUCCAGCCGCAGUACAGCAGCGUGCCGGCGGCUUACAGGAGUUCCUUCAGCGAAUACGCGGACUACGAUGCGAGAUUCCAGUUCCUGAAGGCCAACUCUACGGGUGCGCCUGGGCAGGUCCCGGCCGGCCCGGUACCCGCUCCUCCGCCGGCCGCCCAGCCGUACAUGUGGAAUAUCCCCCCAACAUACGCUACCCCGGCGUGGAACCAGGUGCCUCAGACGCAGCCGCAAGCCGCGCAACUGCAACCCCAACUUCAACCCCAACAUCAGGCGCAACAGCAGCAUCAUCAGCAGCAGCAGCACCCGGUGCCCCUCAAUGCAAACCCCUGGAACCCUGGUCCAGCGGCACAAUUACACCGCAGCCCCAGCAAUCCGGACGUUUCUUCUAUGGUGUACGUGACGGAUGCACGUCAAUUUCCAGGGUCCCAGGGAAUGGUGCCUUACCGGCACGCUCAAUCUGCGCAGUUCUCGACGUCGUUGCCGCCACUGCAGCAGGCGCACAGUCACUUAUCUUACCAGCCCGCUGGCACCCAACUGUCGCAUCUCAUUCACAACCGCAACGGCGGCGACUCGGACAACAUCCACAAGUGCCAUUUGUGCGAGAAAUCGUUCAAAAGGAAGUCGUGGUUGAAGCGCCAUUUGCUGUCGCAUUCCUCCGUAAAACCCUACAACUGCCCCUGGUGCCAGAGCAGGCACAAGCGCAAGGAUAAUUUGUUUCAGCAUAUGAAGCUGAAACACGUCCACCAGGUCCUGCAGGAGUUGGUCGGGAUGGACGACGACGGACAGCGCGGCUCGGACGAACGCGGCGCUCACGCAGGCGCGAACGGAGACGGCGAUAAUAACGGCGGCAGCGGAGUCGGCGGCAACAACGCCCUCGUCGACCGUGACCCGGCCGGCACCAGCAUUAAGAGCCUCAUCGACCAGGGCACCCUGAAUAAGGAAGACGUUAAAACCGUGCUAAACGCGGUGAUCAUUCGGGUGAAUGGCGAGGACAGGUAG